AUGGGAAAUUCCUCUAGUAGUAGUACUUCCUCAUCUGGCAAAGAAAACAACUAAGAAAACAUCGAAGAAAACAUCGAAGAAAACAAAGAAGAAAACAACGAAAACAACUAAGAAAACAACGAAAACAACUAAGAAAACAACGAAGAAACAGAGCUUAACAAAAUAAAAGCUAAAUUUUAGAAUUUUUUGGUUAAAGAAGUUUUUGUUGCUUCAAGACCACUUUAAGGCGAAAAUAAUCCUUUCCAUCAUCAUGGACUUGUUUGUCUUGACGAGCAAGGAAAAAAAAUAAUAGUUGAGAGAUUUAAUACUCCUGGAUUCAGUGCUGAGCUUUAUGAUGAAAGUGUUUUUCAAUAAACAUCUUACUGCUGUACUUUUAACCAAAAUAUUUAGUUUUACGAUAUUUUGGAAAUGGCAUAUAACUUGUCGCUUCCUGAUUACAAUUUAUUUUUGAAUAACUGUCAAAACUUUGCUGCUGAUUUAUAUAAGUAGCUAACUGGUAAAGAUGGACCUAUGAACGAAGUAACAAAAGUGGCUAUUAUAUCUGUGGCGGCUUUUAAAGAGCUAUUAAAAUAAACUCUUUAAGAUAAAAAAUGA